AUGUCACCAUUUGCCCUAGCUCAGACCAUGGAAGACCAUCUUAUUGGCGACCUGAUUCUCCGUUCUUCGAGCGAUCUUUCCGAUGCCUCUUCCUGGUAUGACUCAGCCGACAAUCUUAGCUACACCCUCACCAACGCGCCCACCCCUCCGCCUCCAACCGUUCCACUACUUGCCGAUAAUCCCAGAAUUGUACUCGUUCAAGUUGCAUAUGGAGGCGCGACAUCAGAGGCUACUACCUUGGCUUUUGUCCACGAGCAAAAGCCUCACUUUGAGACUCCUCGCGUCUUGCACGACGCUAGGGAUGAUACCCGGUCUUAUCUCUUUCUUAGUAGAGUACCUGGCCGGACGCUUGGAGAUGCCUGGCCUACUCUAGAUGAAACUUGGAAACAUCGCUAUGUGGAGGCAGUGGUGAAAACCUGCGAGACCCUUGCAGGCUGGAAAGGAGACGUGCUUGGUGGUGUGGACGGAAAAAGCAUCCCUGAACAGUAUCUUACCCAGCGCGGAACUGUUAUGGAUUUUCGUCCUGAGAAGCUUACUGAAGUUUGUCAAUUGAUGGGUAUGGAUUGCUCGACAUUCGUCUUUUACCAUGCCGAUCUCGGUCCUGGAAACAUUAUUGUGGAAGAUGUACCGAAAGAUGGUACUAUUGGGAUCAUUGAUUGGGAGAUCGCUGGUUAUGUCCCGAGAGGAUGGAUACGAACGAAGUUUCGAUUGAUUAGUGGAUUAGAUCUUCCCAAUCCGGGCGCCGGCGAGGAGACGCACUGGUGGAGGUCGGAGGUCCAAAAGUUACUGGAGAAACGUGGAUUCGAGGAUCAUUCGGCAGACUGGGCGUCGUGGUGGUAUUGA